CAGACCUAAAAUCAUCUGAGACAAUUAAAUAUUAAAGAAAAAUUUGGCAUUAUGAAUUAUUUUAAAGAAUUUUUUUCUACAUAACUAUGGUUUUCGUUCAUUUCAAUAACAAGUUUUUGAAUAUUUUUCCAAAGAAUUUCAAAUAUGUUGAAGAUGAUGAAACUAGCAACUCUCUGCAUAGAGUGUGAUAUUAAACGAACGAAUUUCAUUUAUUCUAUGAUAUUAUAAAGAUAUCGAAGAAUACUUCGAGAUUGUAUAUUGAAAUCAAUACCAAACACUUGAUUUCUUUGCAUAAUUAAAGGAAAUGUUACAUUUUAAAGAUCUAAAGUAUCAUUGUGGAUUAUUGAGAUUUAUAAAUGAUCAUAAAAAUCAUGUUAUUAACUAUUCUACUUUAAAGGAACAAUAUUUAAUAUCAAUUGAAAUUAAUUAUUUUGGAUAUAAGAUUAUCUUAAAUAAAUCAAUUUUUAAAUUGAAAUUUGAAUAAAAUGAUUUUUGUUUUGAGAAUAUAAUUGAUAUAUUAGGCAAUCAAUGAGAAUUGUCAAUGUUUAAGUCUAUCAGCAGGAGAUCUAUACAUAUUUCUUCUGUUCAAAGCUUAUUCUCAAUUGAUCGAUCAAGUUAAGAGUCGUUCAUUCUCUAUUCAAAUCUUUUGAUCUCUCCUCGUAUAACCAAAAGUGAAAAGAAAGAAGAAAAGUAAUCGUAGUAGUGAUCAUAAUAUAUAGACUAUAGAUAAUUGAAAUAUUCUGUUGUCAUGAUCGACUUUGUUCACGGUAAAAUUUUUAUUUUAUAAAAGAAAAAUAAUAAUAAUAAUCAAUAUUUAUUUUUAGCUGAAAGUAAACGAUUAAAUUUGGCAAAAAGUGUUAAACGUCGUUUUUCUCAUCAUCAACAUGGAUGGCGACAAAAAGAAACUAUUCAUCAUAUGAUUAUUUUAAUUAAAAUAAUCUAUGCUAUUAUUUUUAUUUAUUUAACAAUUUCAACAUGUCUUAAUCAAUCUGUUGAUGAAGAUGACAAUGGUUUAAAAUCAAUUUUUAUUCGUAUAUUGGACAUAUGGUAUUCAUUUUUGAGUCUUAUUUUACUUCUAUCAUUACUUAUUGAUCGUUUAAAACGACAAAAUAUUAUCUCAUACAAAUCGAUGAAUGCUAUACAUAUGUUAUUGGUUAUUACUUUUAUUAUUUUUGUUGUUUUAGGUCAUAUUCAAGCUUUUUAUCGUUUAUGGUGGUUAUCAUCACCAUUAUCAAAUAACUUGACAUGUUCAACAUUUCUUUCAAUUGUUUUUAUUGAUAUAUGUCCUACAUCAAUUGUUAUUUUCAUGAGUAUGGAUUUAUUGAAAAAACGUCGAUCAUGGCGUCAUAUUCAUACUAAUACUAUUAUUUCGAGUGUUUAG